GAGGACGAUUUGAAUUUCUGGGUCAUCACCAGCGAUGAUGUUGUAAUCUACGGCCUUCACUUGGAGCACUCUGCCCUGAAUCAUCACAGCAGCAACAUCAACAUAAAGUGUGUUUAUGGUGUGGUUCACGGUGACACAGAUGAAUGGUACGAGAUAAAUAUCCAGCUAGUACCUCAUAGCUCUGAGUGGCAAUCAUUAUAAUCAACAACAAAUGCAGCUAUGCUUGUUUCAUAUCAGAAACGAGGAGCAUAAGGAAUACGUCAGACUAACAACAAACCAAAGAAGUGCUUCAAAAGACAACAAUCCAGUUUAUCUAGUUGAGCUCCACGAUGGCGGUAGAGGGUCAGCACUGUAUUUCAUCUUGCCCGAAGAAGAAGAUAACGCCUGUUGAUUGGUCGAACGGUGACUGAAGCGUAGAAGAAGAAGAGGAACACAAACAUGAGCGCACACUCUUGACCGUGAAAAUAAAAGAAGUGGGACUCAUACUUACAGGAAUUGAGGUUUUUAACCAUAGACUGGAGAUGUCACGCCUCUCUCCGGUCAUCAGCUGUGUGUACAGGUGGUCCAGUCGGGUCAUAUGGAGGAGUCCCCCCACUCACCCUUCAUUUCCGGGGCUCCCGCGUGUUCUGGCCGCCGGUAAAAAGGACCUGAUACACCUUCCUGUCCUGAAUGAGGACGAGCUUGAGGAGCAGUUUGUGAGAGGAUCUGGACCUGGAGGACAGGCAACCAACAAAACCAGCAACUGUGUUGUUCUCAAGCACAUCCCUACUGGAAUUGUUGUGAAGUGCCAUCAAACCAGGUCUGUGGACACGAACAGAAAGCGUGCACGGGACAUUAUGAGAGAGAAACUCGAUAUCCGGCAUAAAGGAGAACUCAGUGAAGUUCUUGUGAAGAAGAAAGAGUCUGAAAUGAGGAAACAAGAGAAGAGGAGGAAGGUAAAUGAGAAUCUGGAGAGGAAAAGACAAUUUAAAGAAGCACUAGCCACAUCUUCUGAAACUGGAAAGGACCCUGUUUGAUUUGGUUGUUUCAAUAUAAACUGAAGAUGUGAAUACUGGAGUUGAUUCUUAUUCUGUUUCCAAAGACUGAAUAACAAAACCUGCAAGGGUCUGUCAGCAGGAUGGAUUGUAUUAUACGUUUUUCUAUUUGUUGCAACAUGUCAACAUGACAUAAUACUUUCAGAGAGGGAGAGUUUGAAAAUAAAAAAAGUACUGUGAGGUUAUCAUGAGGUCAGACGUAUUUGAUCUUAACCUGUAGGUGUAAUUUAAUUCAGAGACUUUAACACUUUCAACAAGGGGACAUUUGGUUUGCAGCCGAGUAAAACCAUAAGAAAACUUCUCUCAGGUACAGAGAACAUUAAAAUACACAAAUACAGGAACACAUGAGUGACAACCGAAUGUCAAUCCAUCAUUAUUAAAAACCCCCAUCAGACAUCUGUAGUUAAAAGGAAGAUUUUUCUGGUUCAUUAUUAAAUUCUUAGUGGCUUGAGCUAAACGUUUGUUUUGAUCCUUUUGUUGGAUUUAACAAAAUGUAGUCUAAUCUCAUUUUAUGUCUGCCAUGAUAACGUCAUUUCUUGUUAUUAAUUUCCUUUGAAUUGUUAGAUUAAAUUGUUACUUGUUA